AUGUCAGCAAACUAAUCAUAAAACAAGAAUCAGGGAGCUGGAUUAGGCAGUAUAGGGUUUCUAGGCUAAAAUAAAAAUCUACCUACUCUAAACUUAUCCGAUGUUGAAGGAGGUGUAAAUGACAAGAAAUGGCAUGAGCAUAAUUCAUUUGCUAUAUCUCCUAUUAAAGGGUCUUUUACUAUGGACUAAUAAGAGCAAUAAAAUCUAAGGAAGCUUGAACAAGAGUUCAGUAAGCUUAAUAUCAAGGAAAUAUAGCCUAAUGGAGGGGGUAUGGGAAAUCAUAAUAUGAUUGCAAGUAGAAACAACAGCAAUCAAAUUUAAUUUAAUGAUAGUAGCGACGACUUUUUACCAAUAGUCUACGAGAUUGAAGAAAUUGAUUGCAGAAUGACGGACAUGGAGGAGAGGGAUAAAAAUGACCAGAAUGGAGGCAACAGCAAUAGAAGUGUGAGAGGUUCACUUUUCAACUCUCCUAAGGACUUCCCAAUAAUUAUCCCCUCAAAUAAAAUUAAUGAAAGUUAGGUGUCCAUUCUAUCACAUAACAACCUGGCUAUGUUUGAUAAUAUGAAAUAGUUCUAAGAUUUGCUUCGUUAUGAUACUGAUAGAAAUCUAGAUAUUUCAAUGAGCUCAGUUUGUUCAACACCAAGGAAUUAGUUUUUGCCAUAAGACUUGAUAGAUAUGAAUGAUAGCAGGUAUGAAGGACUGUCCUCUAACGGCGGUAUGGGUAGAAUGAGUCGAAUUAAGAAUGGGUAUGAGAUUUAGCAAUCUCCUCACAGAAUAAUGGCCAGAAAUAGUGAUAGUUUUGCUGAGGGUCGUAUUAACAACUAGAUUGAUGGGCUUAAUAAUAUGACACCUAGAAUGUAUGCCUAGAAUCAAAAUUUAUUUUCAACAUAAAGACUUAACGAUAGUGGCUAUCCCCCUAAUUCUAAAGGUUCUGCUGUCACAUCUGAAAGAACAACUCUUUAACAAUAAAGGUCAUCAGCAGAGGCCUCAGAGAUAGAACGCGAAUUAAAUAAACAUUAGAGGUACCAGAAAAAUGGCUCUAGUAGUAUAGACAAGAAUUACGACCCAGAAAAUAUGAAAAAGUAGAUUUAGAUGUCAAUGCAAAUUUAACUGUAAAAUUUGAUAAACAAGCUAAACGAGAAAGAGAAAUAGUAUAUGGAUAAUGAACGUUAAUAUAGUAAACUCCAGUCUUAGCUAACAACGAUAGAUAAUAAGACUUCUAAAAUGGAGGUGUAGUUGAAGGAUGAGACUAAUAGAAAUGCUUAACUGAGAACAUAAAUGAAUUUUCUCAUUUAGACUUAGUUUGGGGUUGAUAAAACCUAAAAAAUGCUGCAGAGAUUUAUGCUGGGUAAUCAUCAUAAAAGGCAUUAAAAUUAAUGA